AGAGGCGUGUCCACUUGCCCAACGGGCCCGCGGAUUGGCUGAGAGGCGCAGGAGCCCUCCCGCCGUGCUGGCCUGAGGGCGGUGCCUGAGACUGGGUGCCGGCGUUAGCUACCGGCUUGGCAAAGAUGAUCAUGGCAGCUCGGACCAGUCAGAGGGCCCUAACGAGGGUGGCAUCGGGGUGCCGUCCGAAGUCGAGCGCAGUGACUGAAACCCCGGCGCGGGGGUCUGCGCGCAAAGUCAGAUACUUAGCCUCCUGUGGUAUACUGAUGAACAGAACUCUUCCACCAUGUGCCUCAGUUUUGCCUAAAGAGAUCGGUGCAAGAACCUUCUUCAGAAUCACUGCGCCAUUAGUAAAUAAACGAAAGGAGUAUUCAGAGAGAAGAAUUAUAGGAUACUCAAUGCAAGAAAUGUAUGAUGUAGUAGCAGGAAUGGAAGAUUAUAAGCAUUUCGUUCCUUGGUGUAAAAAAUCAGAUAUACUAUCAAGGAGAUCUGGAUAUUGUAAAACCCGAUUAGAAAUUGGGUUUCCACCUGUUUUGGAGCGAUACACAUCAAUAGUAACCUUGGUAAAACCACAUUUGGUAAAGGCAACUUGUACUGAUGGGAAACUUUUCAAUCAUUUGGAGAGUAUUUGGCGUUUUAGCCCAGGUCUUCCUGGCUAUCCAAGAACUUGUACCUUGGAUUUUUCAAUUUCUUUUGAAUUCCGCUCCCUUCUGCACUCUCAGCUCGCCACACUGUUCUUCGAUGAAGUUGUGAAACAAAUGGUAGCAGCCUUUGAAAGAAGAGCAUGUAAACUGUAUGGUCCAGAGACAAACAUACCUCGGGAAUUAAUGCUUCAUGAAAUUCACCACACCUAAGAGGAAAAGAAGAGCUGCCUCCGCCUACUCUUGACUAGUUUGUUCACUUUUGGGAAGUCCUUUCACCAUCUAUUGAGAAGUCAGAAAGCAUUUGUUAAACCUGCCUUCAUUCUAAGCCUGCUUCAUUGAAGAUUUGCACAUUGAAUAUGGACCCACUGGUAUAUAGAAUUAUUUCUUCAAUCAAGUGUAACUCUUAAGUAACAGGCACUUUUGCAGGCUCUGUCCACCUUUGUAAUAAUGGAUGUCAUCACUGUUGCUA